AAAGAUGACAAUUAUAAAUUAUAUGGAACCCGCUGUCGGAUUCACCGAAAAAUUUUGCACCUAGCGCCCAAUUUUUAUCUAAUGUGGUGCUGCGCGGCAAAAGUACCUAAUUUUCUAAUGAAUUGUCGCAAGAUACGAUUUUAAAAUUUAAAGUGAAAAGUAGUACGGGCUGAAAGGUAAACAGGAACUGAGACUGAGAUGGUAAUUAUUACUUAACAGAUAGCCUAGCAACUGAACUAAAGGGUAGUAGAGAUUACUAACACAAAUGAACACUAUUCGUCGCUUGCCAUUCGCGUUAUUUCACCAUUUUCCUUUAGUUCUCCUGAAAUCAAGUUUAGGCAGCAUCUACGCAUGUGAGAUGUGAUUUGAAAUUAAAAAAAGAGAGGUGUGUGGGAAUACUUCUUUUACCAUAUGCCUUUUUCUUCCAGUUUUUUUUCCAUAUUCAAUAGGAUAGUACAGAAUAAGAUAAUAAGUUGUCGCUGUCUGGUGUCUAUUUAAGGGUGUGUGUGGUGCAUUUGUUUGCUAUAAAAUCAAACCAGGAAUAUACAGAGUGGUCCAAAAAUGGCUUUACCGAGGUAGACACAUUAUUAUGUACAUUUUUAUUUUGAUUGAGCUCGCUUUUAUACCAAAAGAUUCCUCGUUGAAUUUUCUACAAAAAACGUAUUGUCUGUUUUAUUGCAAAAUCCGAAGAUGUACAAUGCCAUGAGAAAUUGUAAGAAGUACCAAAAUGUAGAAAAAAUAAACGGAAGAUAGUGAAACUUUUUCGAAUGAUUUCACAAGCAUUAAAAUAUAGUUCCAGUAUAGUUUUGUGUAGUUUCAAGUAUGCUCUUUCUCGUCAUGUAGAGCGAAAAUCAUUUAAAUCUAAAUAUCCGACACAAAAAUUAACUUCACAGCGAUCAAGUGAAAAUAGCAAAACUACAAUCCAAAAACCAAGGACAGUUGAGAAAACAUCACCUGUAGUCGAAGAAAAACAAAGAGCCGUUAAAACUGAUGUGCAAAAAUCCAUUAAAGCUAUAACACCAAAGCCGACUGUACCAUCAUCAUCCAUCAGAUUUGAUUCUCCUGAUUUUGACGAUAAAAUAAAUUUAUUUAUAUAUCGCAAUUCAAUACCAAAACCAGUGCCAACACUAAAAGCAGUACCGAAACCAAAAUCAACGUCAAAAUCAGCACCAAAAACAACAGAUAAUAAUCAAAAGAUAAAUAAGCAAUCUUAG